AUGGGUGGGCAACUUACUAAAGAACAAUCAGAUUUACCAUUUGGUUAUCUUUCACCAAAAGAUCUUGAGAAUGAAAAAAUACAAAACCUCCUUAAAAGUCGUAAUAAUGGUGAAUUAAUACCGAUUACAUUCAAAGAUAUACCCGAUUUAAGAGAUAUUGAGUAUUGUGGAUUUGGAAUUGUUAAAUUAAGUCCAAACAUUGGUUAUUUAUAUAUUACAACGCAUUUACAAAUUUGUUGUGAUAAUCUGAAAGAAAUACCAUCCGAAAUAGGAAAUAUGAAAAAUUUAACGUCUCUUGAUCUGUCGAGAAAUAAAUUAAAAUAUUUACCAGAUUCGAUAGCAUUAUUGAUUGAUAGUAAUAAAAUAGAAGAACUUCCUCAAGAAAUAGGACAAUUAACCAAUCUAAUAACUUUUGAUGUUAGGAAUAAUCCAAUCACAGUAUUUCCAGCUGAAUUAGGGAGAUUAAAAUAUUUAAGGACAUUAUUAGUCGAAGGAUGUCCUUUGAAAACUGAAUUCGUUCAUGAAAUAGAUCAUUCACCACCAACUUUGAUGGAGUUAGCGGCUCGUAAAAUAAUAAAAUUCAACUUGUUAAAUAAUUUAGAAGGAUCGAAUGAUCCAAUAAGGAUCUCUAGUAAUUUGGAAAAUUAUUUAAAAAAUUAUAAAAAAUGUAGUUAUUGUGGUGGACCUUAUUUUAGUCAUCAUGUCAAGAGAGGAAAAAUCAUUGAAAAAAAUGAUAAUAGUAUACCAUUAGAAUAUAAAUUAUGUUUUCCACAUUGGAAUAAUGAACAGGAACGAAUCAAUUUAUUAUUCUGUAGUAUUAAAGAUCACGAUGAUAAUAAUUUCAUUAAGUCGAAUAAUUCAUAUAGUAAUAAUAGACCGUUGUCUUCAACAUCAACUCGUAGUCCUUCAAGAGUAUCGAAAAGAAACAGUUCAACCUCAAUGAUAUUAGGAAAAUCUAUAAAUAAGGAAGCAUUCAUUUAUCAAAGCUUUGGUGAAAUUCGUGUAACUAGUCCAAAUUUAUCAAAA